AUGUUUGCUUCACCUUCAAGGCUUUUCCUCACCCUAGCUGCGGUCGCCGCUCUUUGCGACGUCGCUACUUCCCAAACGCCCCAAUCUGGUCCCACUACGGGCGACACCACGGCUGCGAGCGUCACGGAACCCCUGUCGGCUGCCCCGGGCACCAAGAGCGACAUUGUCAUCACGAGCCCCACGUCGGGCACCGAAUGGCAUACACAGUCCGAGAACAGCAUUGAAUGGACUGGCACGACGCCGUCGGUGUUCAGCUUCCAGAUUAUCAACAGCGACCGGUCGGUCCUCGCUGAUGGUCUCUCGCUAGGCAACAACAUCCCGGUGACGGCGCGAAAAGACACUUUUCAACUGGGCGAUGUCAAGCCUGCGUCCGGCUACAAAGUACGAAUAUACGACGUGCGCAACAUCAGUGUUGAGCUAGCCACCUCUCCCUCGUUUUCCAUCCUCGCCAAGAUCCAGACUCCCGCUACGAAUUCAAGCAACGCGACGAGCAGCUGGAACGGCUUGGGAAAUGGUCCCAAUGCUGCCAGUGCUGGUUCGACGACGACGACAUCGCAGACAGCCUCGAACGUGACCAGUAAUGGAGGUAUCUCUCCUACUACGACGACGGAAACGGUACAUGGCAAUACUACAGUUCCGUCUUCUUCGACAAACACGAGUACGAGGCCUGCACCAUCGAACAGUACCUCGGCUCCAAAGAACGUUGCAAUGACUUCUUUCGAAACUCAUUCGUCCCUCAAUCUUCUCUUCUUCAAUGCCCUCCUUGCGGGUGCCAUUAUGGCGCUCGUCUGA